ACACACACUUACACACACACACAUCCUGGAAAACUUUUUUAAUCCACCGAAAAUGAGAUGCGGAUGAACCCGAGCUGGUCGCUACAAAGAAACUCGAAAAGGCAACAUUGUAUCUUAACGUCAUUUUUUUUUAAAAGCAUCUCCAACUUUUUUCUUCUUCUUCUGCUUAACUUGGUCUGUAUGGACUCUCACCCGGCGCCAGCUGAGACGGAUCAGAAGUCCUAACCUGGUGAUCAAGAAGUGCUGCAGGAAGCUGGUGAGAGUGCCUUCCUGUCGUUGACUGCCUGGGCGUUCAGGAGUUCUCGGAUCGCUUGUGAGUUUUGGAGCACCUUGAAGAGUUUGUGGUGAGCGACGAGCCGGGCCGGAAUCAGCGCCAUGAGCAGCCAAGAGUGAACUGAGACGCCAGCUUCAGCAGCCACACAGCAGUACAUCGAUGGGCCCGGUUCUUGACUUGAUGUACAUUUAUUUAUUUGCCACAGAUGUUUCGGAAAAAAGCUUCAUCCUCCUUGAGAAUGCGGAGAAUAUCAGAAAGGGGCGUAGACCGCGGCCGAAGCUCCUCCUUCCAUGAGGUGGGUGGAUUGCGAGAGCUGGAAAUGAGGGGGGCAGCCUCCGUUUCCGAAGAGCCCUCGAACACCGGGGCGAGCGGCGGAGGCCACACCGUCCUGCAGCGGCUAUUGCAGGAGCAGAUGCGCUAUGGAGAAAGCAGAAAUUACCUUGCCUUGCAGCAGCAGCAGCUGCAGCAGCAACAACAGUCACAGCCGCAGCAGCAGCAACAGCAGCUCCUGGGCCCGGGGGACGAACACGCCAUGGUCGCUCACAUUGCCCGACAGGAGCCACAGGGCCAAGAGCUGCAGGCAGACAACGGCAUGGAGAAGCAGAUGAACCCACGAGGAGCGGGCGGCGGAGGUGGCAGCGCAGGAGCCGGAUCCCAAGGCCAGAACCCUGAGGACUUGCCUUCGUACGAGGAAGCCAAGGUGCAGUCACAGUAUUUCCGUGGCCACCAGCCACAACCGCAGCUUGGCCCGACGGUGGGCGCUGCUUUCUAUGUCACCGGUGUCACCAAUGCAAAGGUACGUCCUCCGGAGGGCCGCCCCGCAGUACAGAGGCUUGGUGCAGCCAAAGUGCACCAGGACGAUGGCCUGAAGGACCUCAAGCAGGGUCAUGUGCGCUCUCUCAGCGAGAGGCUUAUGCAGCUUUCUCUGGCCACCAGCGGUGUCAAAGCCCAUGCACCCGUUACCAGUGCGCCACUCUCACCCCAGCUCCCUCAACCCCCAGGACCACCAGGGGACUACUACAAACCAGUGGGACCUCACCGCGGCCCGCCCCCAGACUACCCCUAUAAAGGUCUACAUUCACCACCCAAACAGCAACAGCACCACCAUCCACAGCACCAAGAUCCAGGACACUACUAUUCAGACCACCGAGGCUCAGCUCAACAGUCCAGAGCCGACGUCCCUCAUGUCCGUUACCAGCCACCGCCCGAGUAUGGCUCUUUCCGCUCCAAUAAAGAGAGCUCAGGACACUCCCAAAGGCCCAUCCAUCAGCACAGCCCCACGUCCUCCGUCACCUCUGUGGGUUCACUGUCCCGCGCUCAGUCCUCCACUCUCAGCAGCAUCCUGGCUUCUUCGCAUUCUUCUGCAGCUAUGGUCCACCAGGUUGAACCACCCUUCACAAUGGGGCCACGGAGCCCACAGGGGCCUGGCUCUCAUCAGGGCGAGCCAUACGGCCAGAGCCUGCCUCACCCCUCGUCUCAUCAACGGCCUCAUGGCUUCCCUCAUGACCCCUAUGGCUCGGCACCCAGAGGCCUCCACCUGCAUCAGCACCAGUUUCAUCCGCAGUCGCAGCAGCAGCCUGGCCCAGGCCAGCACUACCCACACCCCCACUCGCUCCAGGGUGACCCCUAUGCCAUGUUAGCACGUGCGCAGCAAAUGGUGGACAUGCUGACUGAGGAGAACCGGCAACUCAAGCAGGAGAUGGAGGUGUGUGGGGAGAAGGUGUCCAAGCUUCAGAAGCUAGAGACUGAGAUCCAGAUGGUGUCUGAGGCUUAUGAGAACCUGGCCAAGUCCUCGUCCAAGAGGGAAGCCCUGGAGAAGACCAUGAGGAACAAACUGGAGCUGGAAGUGCGCAGGCUGCACGACUUCAACAGAGAUCUAAGAGAGCGUAUGGAAACAGCCAACAAGCAGCUAGCAGCCAAAGAAUGUGAGGGCACAGAGGACAACCGCAAAACCAUCUCUCAGCUCCUGGCUCAGAACAAAGAGACGCAGCGGGAAAAGGAGAAACUUGAGAUCGAGCUUAACGCGUUGCGCUCCACCAACGAGGACCAGCGCAGGCACAUCGAGAUCCGCGACCAGGCCCUGAACAACGCUCAGGCUAAAGUGGUCAAACUGGAGGAGGAGCUUAAGAAGAAGCAGGUCUACGUGGAGAAGGUGGAGCGCAUGCAGCAGGCUCUGGCUCAGCUACAGGCUGCCUGUGAGAAGCGAGAGCAGUUGGAGCACAGGCUACGCACACGGCUGGAGAGAGAGCUAGAGUCACUCAGGAUGCAACAGAGAUCUGGAAGCUCGCAGAACCCUUCAGGUCCCGAGUACAGCACGGCGACCCUGAUGGAGCACCUGCGCGAGAAGGACGAGAGGAUUUUGGCUUUGGAGGCCGACAUGACCAAGUGGGAGCAGAAAUAUUUAGAGGAGAGCGUCAUGAGACAGUUUGCCCUGGACGCUGCUGCAUCUGUUGCUACGCAAAGAGACACGUCAUCAGCUAUGAUCAGCCACUCGCCCAGCAGCAGCUAUGACACCUCGGUGGAGGCACGCAUUCAGAAGGAAGAGGAGGAGAUCCUCAUGGCGAACCGCCGCUGCCUGGACAUGGAAAGCCGCAUCAAGAACCUCCACGCGCAGAUCAUCGAAAAGGACGCCAUGAUCAAGGUGCUGCACCAACGUUCACGAAAGGAGCCAGGCAGCAAAUCCGACGGCCCGUCGGCCAUGCGUCCCUCCAAGUCCCUCAUGUCCAUAGCCACGGGCUCGAGCGGGUUGGGCAGCUCAGGCCUGCUCUCUCACUCACUGGGCUUCAGCGGGAGUAGCCCGAUUACGGAGGAACGCAAGGAGGACCGCAGCUGGAAGGGCAGUCUGGGUGUAUUAUUGGGGCCAGAAUUCAGAGGUGACUCCUUGAGGACAGAGUCCAUUUCGUCUUCCCCGUCUCCGGUGCUUCCCUCCACACCGAUGCCAGCCACUGCCCACUCGAAGACAGGCAGCCGGGACAGCUGUACGCAGACGGACAAGAGUCAGGAGUCCAGCAAACCCAGCACCCCGGCGCUGCAGAGCGUAGCAGCCAACAACCGCAUCAGCAGCCCCAGUCCUGUCUACAUUCCUGACCGUCUAGCAGACGUUCCAGUGUUCCACAACAGUACUCUGGAGAGGAGAGCUCCGGUGCAGUCUCAUCAACAACCCCAAUCUCAACCCCAAUCACCGGCACAAAAGCAGGAAGAUGUAGAUAACGAGAUGGUGGAAAUACUCAUCUGAACACACACUCGAUCAAACACACACACGCGCAACAGGUGAAGGAUUUGUCGUGUUCGUACUUUGGGGACACUCAUGGCGUAUUGAAAUGCACUACAUUUUUAUGCCCUGUAUAAAACAAUACACCACGUCGGUCAUGAUGAACGUUUUGUACAGUAUUCUCUGGUGGCAUUCUGUGGAGUUUAGGACCAAAUGUAUUGGCAACCUUUUUUUUUUUUUUUUGCAUUUAUUGCACUACUUUUAAAGCUUUCAACAUUAUUUGAACUAGAUAGUGCACAUAUACCAAUGUUAUCGAUUUUCGGCACUUAUAUGAUAGUAUGACAAAUAGUGAAAUAGUCGUUACAUGUAAAUACUAUAUCUUAAUACUGUAAGACCACGUGUAAGAUAGGAGUGUACGGCCCUGUGAACUUUAAAGGCACUGCUGGAGUGUUGAAGAGUACUGACCUCACAGAACUGCGUAGUCUGUGGUUGUGCUGCGUCUGCAAAAAGAAAAACCCAACUGGUUUUGGGUUUGUGGUAGCAAGUGAUUGUGAGUGAAUAUGGGGUGUUUUUAAUUUUUUGUAAGGGGGCGGGGUUUGGACCAGCAAGUGUCCUUCUUUCCACUCAAACUGCAUCUGUGCGUGAAGCACCACGCCGUGUGACGUGGUGAGCUUCUCAAGCAGUCAUUUCAUACAACAAGGUCUGCCAAGUCUCUAUUCAUUUCAUUUUUUUUGUGGUGACUACGAGGGGCGUUCAAGUCAAACCGGGACUUGUGAUGAAAUUUCUGGUGAAUGAAGGUGUGAAAGUGAUUGAUAUUUACAGAUGAGUCUCUUAGACAUUUAAACGGUGCAAACAUUUUAAAGAGGACUGUGACCGACGAUCUGCAGUCAUUCGACUAUAACUUGUUAGAAACUUGCGGAAGAAAGAGACGCAUCUGUCUGUGGGAACUGUACACACAGUCAUUUACCAACACCACUUGCAUGGUAUAGGAACCUGACUGGGGGUUAUUGCCACAUCCCCAGUACAGUCCUGAUCUCGCUCCAAGCCAUUUCUAUUUUUGAUAAAGGAGUUCCUAGGAGGUCACCGUUUCAGGCGUGAAUCAGACAGGAAGUCCGAUCAUGGCUGCGGCAUACUGAGGAAUCUUUCUACCCUGAUGGUAUCCAAGCACUAGUGAAACGCUGGAAUAAGUGCAUUAGUGUAGCAGGGGAUUAUACAGAGAAAUAAAGGGAGUUUUUACUCUCAGAACUGUGUUCUGUUAUUCUACACAAUUAAAAGUCCUACUUUGACUUGAACGCCCAUCGCUUAUAUUGUCUGUUAUACUGUAUAUAAUUUGAUGUCGUGUUUGAGAAAUUCCAGGGAAUUCAUAGUAUACAUUUCGCUUUCGACCAAAGGAAACUGAGAAGAUUUACACCAUGUAUACGUGUUAUAAAGAAUAGAUGAACAAAAUGACGCUCCAUUAAGCUGGAUCGAAACGGUUGGUCUGCUAAAUUUAGCCAAUUAAUGUGUCAUAUAAAUUUUCCAUAUAAUUUUUUUUUUUUUGCUCAGUGUGUUCAUAAAAUCUGACAUCUUAAUGGUUCAUAUCAUUUCCUUUUUUUUUUUUUUCAUGUACAUAUUUACAAAUUCAGGAAUGUGUGAAAUCUGGUCAAUAUUUUUUAUAUUGUCACCGAAAACAUAGUGUUUUUUUUUUUUUUUUAAUACCAACACAUAAUAUAUACAAUAUAAAACACAAUAAUUGAUGUAUUAAAUUAGAUGUUAAAAUGACUUCAUGAAAAAGAAAUACCUCUCACUCUCCACAGUUACAUUAUUAUUAUUAUUACUAUUAUUUUAUGUGAACUACAUCAUUCUACAUACAGUGUAACUGGACAAGUAUGGGCUGCGCCUUAAAUUUCUACGAACACAAACGCUGCAUUCAUGACCGAGUGAGCAACAAGAGGUUUCCGACAUACCAGUUGGAAAGGUGCAUUUUCCAUUUGCAAAAGCUCUUCAUUUCGUAAAGUGUAAAAAAUGUGACAUCAUUUAAACGUGGUGGUGCCGAUGAUGAUGGUGAUGAUAAAUAAGUUUGGUACUUCUUUUAGCAAUCUUUUAAACAUGUUGGGUUAUACUUCUUAAAUUAAAAUGUUAAUCGCCAUUCGGCAAGGUUUUUUUUUUUAGCUGAUUUAUCAUAAUUUUUUUUUAGCAGCUUAUGAUGUCCACUUUUAAACAAAUUUCAACGUUAUCCAAUCUGAGUCAAGUCUUCAAUUCUAUUUUUGAAGACAGUGAAGACUUUUUUAACAGGAUUUGUAUUUAUAUAUAUAUAUACAUACAAAUCAAUUUGUAUUUAUAUAUAUAUUUUUUUAUACAUUGUGACAUUUCAUUAUUUAAAUUUUGCAAUUUCUAUUUAAAUUUAUUUAUCUAGGCAAAUAGUUGGACAAAUCAUCUUUAUAAACUUAAAAAAAAACUUAAAUUAUUGACAAUCUCUAUAUAAAUUUCUGAAAAUGCGUAUAUUAACUGUAAUAAAUUGCAGCCUUUUGAGAUUAAGUAAUUGACAUAUCAUGAUUUUGAUUUGAUUGUGUAGCGCUACCCUUAAUGUACAUAUAUUUCCAAAUUUGCUUGAACACCCUCAUGUAGGAAGUAGGAAAUUCUAAGUUCAAAAUAUUUUCCAGUUGUCAUGAAUGCAGCAUAAGUGUUUAUUAUAUUAGUGUUUAGGUGAACUUUAAUAGUUUAAAGUUACAUUCUAGCUGAAUGUAUGAUUAGUCAGUUAUGAUCAUAUUAACAGACGUGCCAACUUGGCUAACGGCAAAAUCCUAGCAGGCAACGAGAACACAAGCACCAAUCUCACAAACCACCUGUUUAUAGAUCCACAAAAGGCACAAGAUUAAAGUUUACCAAGAUAGUCAGCAUAAAACAGAAUAAUAAAAAAAAAAUUUCCCCUUGCAUUUGCU